AUGAAGUUCGCGAUCCUGCUGACCGCGCUUCUUGCGCUUCUCAACAUUGUCGCCGUUGACGCGCUCACAUGGAAAGAGGUUGCGAUCAACGCCCUCGGCUGCGCCGGCUUCUACGGCGCUGUCGCUGCAGUAUAUCCGCCUGCUCGACAAUGGCCACGUCUCGCCUUCGACAGCGUCAGCAAUGUCGACCUCAACCCCGCCAACUACAUGUACCCUCCUUCUACACCAAUCAUUACAGUUGAGGCCAUUUGCGCCAGCGAUGACGCGCUUCUGGCCAAGAUUUCCUGCCUCCCAUCGUCCGAGAAAGACAUCGCAUGGCCAACUUGUGAGCUUGAUGAGUUCAAGCCGGCUAAUGCCACUGAGGGCAACACACUGCCGCCGGCCAAGCGGUACAAAUUGGUUGAACGGCUCAGAUUCUUGUCCCGUACGCCAUUCGAAGGCGGCUUCCCAUUCGCCAUCACCAGCAUCAGAUCCGCGCACGAGAAUGGCAGCAAGAUGGGACGCCAAUUGUGGAAGUUGCGUUACGACACGACCAUCUGGUGCUGUGCGGCCACCCCUGCCAUCUACAUCUGCUUGCAAAGUAUCUACGGCAAUCAAGGACAAGGACAAGCCGGUAACGGUCCGAGCUUCCUGGCUUUUCUGCGACUCAAGUUUGGCGCUAUUGGAUCAUGGAUCUGGAACGUCUUCUUGGGCACUUUGUUGCACUACGGCUUCUUUGCACCGCUGCGUUUGGCGCGCGAUAUUGCUCUGUGGCUCUGGUCACUACCUGGCCGCUCCGUACGAGCUUGCCUGAGACUUGCUCGCGGCUGUCGAAACAUCGCUGUCGCCGCCGCUGCCGCCACCGCUGUCGCCGUGGUCGGUUUGCUGGAGUCUGUUGCUGUCGUCGUGGGGUCAUACUUGCCAUCGAAAGACAACAUCCUAGCACUCUUCAGCCUCAUGAAGCGCGGAGUUAUCUGGCUCUUCGCGUCAGCAUCCUGGAUGCUGAUGCCACUCUUCCAUGGCUUUAUCUGGUUAUGCGGCAACCUAGCAUGGGGCACACUCACAGCCGUUAAGGUAGUCUUCAGGGCGUUACUUGAGAUCUGGGACGAUCGUCGGCAGACCAUCGAAAAGAAAGUCAAAGAGCUCGUAAAGAAAUUUGAAGAGCUCGCAAACAUCAAAGUCGCCAAGGAGGAAACCGCAAAGCUCCAGAUCAAGGCCAAACUCGACCAGCUCGAGAUCGAUUUUGCGGAUCUGAAGACGGCUCACAAGAAGAAGCUUGCAGAUCUCAAGACCGAUCACAAGAAGGAGGUUGCGGAUCUCAAGGCGUCUAUCAAAAAGGGCGACGACAUGAUGAAUAAGCUCCGCUGGGACACCGAUGAUUGCGAGGCCCAGCUUACGCAGAAGGACGAAGAGCUCAAGGAGAAGGAUGCGCAGAUCAAGGAGAAGGACGCGCAGAUCAACACCAUGCAGCGUGGUAUGAAGAACCUCAACUCCAGGAUCCGAGACCAGGACUCGGAGGCUGUGAAGAAAAUCGGUCGCGUCGAGCAGCUUGAGAAGGAGCUGCGCGAUGCGAAAGCGUCAAAGCCAGUUAUUACGCAAAUUGAUGGCAAAUCUUCCACCUUCGUUUCUCCCGCCAAGACGAAGUUUGUGGCUCCUGCUGCUGCUGAGGUGGCUACACAAGGCAGCGCAAGCGUUGUCAGCGGAGCAGUCUCACAUGCUCUAGUCUUCACAAAGCCCAGCUUCCAAAGCCUGCAAGCUGUUGGUCAUGGAACUUCGACGGCUGGACCUUCUCAGCGAGCUGAUACAAAGAAGCCGAAGCCAGUAUCUUCUCAGCCAGCAGUGACAGGCGAUGAUGCGCCGUCUGAGGUGCCUAUUGCUGGUAAGGUAGUCCCCUCCCAGCGGCGCAAUACACGGAACGAUCUACCCCGUCAGCGGCUUGCCAGAGUCGCUGCAUUCUCUUCAAAGUCAGCUGGUCCAAAGACGACAAAGUCUUCUCAGAAGCCUGUCACAGACAAGACAGCACCUUCUCAGCCAGCUGCUACAAAGGAGACGGCACCGUCUCAGCCACUUGCCACCAAGGUUGCAGCCGUGGAGCCUCGUACAGUUGAGUCCAAGUCGAUGUCUGAUAUGUCAUCGACACCGAAGCCAGCUGCACCUCAAGUCACAAGUCAAGCUGCGCAGACGUCUCAGCCGACUACUGUCAAAGCUGCAGGUCAGGCCGUCGAGAGCUCUCAGCCGGCUAUUUUCCCAGUCUCGAAUGAAGUUGAGCAGAACACUCAGUCGAACACUGCCACAUCUCCGAGCGAGGCUGCUUCGGUUCCCGAAUCAGAUGCUCCCACGGCGCCAGGCAACGUUGCUGAGGCUUCUCCAUCAGGGGCGCAGGAAGUCGUUUGUGAGGCCGCCAGCAGCAGUACACAAGCCAACGGUUACACUCCAUCUACCACAGUUAAGGAAUCGGAGCCUGCGGUGGAUGCCCUUCGGAUCGCUCUUCCUCACAAGACGCUUGCUGACAGCAAGCACGUCUCGUGGCGUCAGUUUCCUCCGCGCUCUUCACCACCACCAUGGCUCUACUUGUCCAAGGCCGAGUUGGAGGAGCAGGUCCAGCAGCGUCAUGAAGCUGAGGAGCAGCGACUGACUUAUGAUGCCGAUCUUUAUGCGCUGGAAUCUGCAAUGGAGGCUAUUGCCAUGAGCCCAAAGGCUGAUUCGUUCCCUGCGCCAAUGCCUGCAGCCGUUUCUCUUGCCACCGAAAGCAACGUCGGUUCUACGCAGCAGGACCCGAUCGACCUGACCGGUAGCGACGAUGCUGCUCCAGAUGCGAUGGUAGUUGAUGCGGUCGUACCUUCCACUCCCACUGCCCCAAGCAACGCUCCAGCUCAGCCAGAGAUCCUUUCGAUUGACAAGGGCAAGGGUAGGGAUGAGUCCGCUCCUGCUUUGGCUAUCGCUGCUCCUUCAGAGACGAUGGAGGUCGACUCGGACGAUUCAAUCUCGAGUUCUCCUCCUGGACCUGAGAUCGCUGCUCCUUCCACGGCUCCCCAAGUUGACAUGACCGACGACUUUGACACGGAUUCUCCAAUCAAGCCUGUCAUUGCUGCUCCUCCUACGGCGGCUCAACCGGGUCCUGGUACGGGCUUCUCCGGUGAGAACUUCGCCAGGAUGACCUUCUUCGGGGGUGGCACUUCGAAUGCCGCGGCUAGCACAGUGCAGUCUCCUGCUACUCAGCCGGCAUUUUCUUUUCCAUCUGCUCCUGGUACUGGAUUCGGCGGUUUCGGUGGGCACACUAGUGCAACAUCAUCUGGAAGUUCGCAGCUAUCGACUUUUGGUGGCGCUACGCAGUCCCAGACUGCCUCGCAGCCAGAGCCACCGUCAUCUGCUGCGUUCAAAUUCGGGCUGACGCCUAGGACGACAUGGUUCGCUACCACACCAAAGGCUGACAAGCCGUCGCCUACUGAAACCCAACCUGCUCAGCCAGCACCCACAUUCAGCCCCUCUGGCGUCGGCACACUGAGCUCAGCGACAGCACCUGGAAUUUCGCAAAGCACGACUUUCGGUAGCAUGGCUCCACAGGCCGCUCCUCUACCAACGGCUCAAUGGAACAACUCUGCUUCAACGUCUGUUCCAUCUUCUCAGCCAGGCACGUCUGGCACUCCGCAGAGCCAACCGGCCACUCGCUCAAGUCUGCCGUGGGGUCGAGCCGAACGGGCGAGAAUGCUGAACCGUGCAAAAUCAUCGGCUUCGAGCUCGCAACCCAUGCAGGUGCCCGACCUCGGCGUCUUGGACUUUGAUAGUGCCAAUGUGACAGGUCCUGCGCUUGCCUCCUCAGCUCAUCAGAGUACGACCACCUCUGUGGCGGAUCACAGCAGUGCUGGUGAUGAUGUCGAGGUCAUGGAUGCGCCUCCGGUUGCAGCAGCGCCACCUCCUCCUCCUCCGCCGUCGGCACCUAUGGUUCAGCCGCCACCUCCGCCACCUCCAAGCAACGCGCCUGAGGUUGAGAUGGGUGCUGACGAUGAAUUGAUCUCACCAAUGCCCGAGUCUGCUCGACUGGCGGUACCACCUUCUAGUCUUGUACCAGAAGUCCAGGUGGCUUCUGCACCAACUUCCACAGUUACGCUGCCUGGGCUGGUUUACUUGUCCGAUCCAGAAUUCAGCACGGCCAAUGCUGCUACCAGCGAUACUCCUGGUGCUCAGAUGGAUGCUGACGACGGAACGAUUUCGCCGCUACCUCAAUCUGCAGUACUUGCGCCACCGCCCCCAAGCCUUGUACCUGAGACCCAGACGAUUUCUGCGCCAGCUCCUACAAGCACACUGUCCGAGAUCGGGAACUCCAUCGCUUCUGCAAACAGCACGACCGGUGCUCCCUCUACUACUGUGCGGCCUGGACUUGAAAAUGUCACUCCUGCGCCGACGAAUUCUGAUCCAUCUGGUGCAGCCGCUUUUUCUGUUGCUCCAUCAGCGACAUAUAUCAAGCAGGGGCUCAAUAACGGGAAGCCGAUGCUCGUCAAGAAGCCAAAAGCGGAUCCUAACGCUAUGUUCGCUAAGAAGAAGACCAAGCCAGUCUUUCCGUCGAGCGUUCAGCCCACGUCGACUGCCGGACCAAGUGCGGUCAGCAGGCCUGCUCAGAGCACCAGCAAUGCUCCUACUCAGAACACCAACGACGACUUGGUACUCGCCAAUCGGCCUGGUGGGAGUCGCGCCAGCUCAAACACCUUGGGCUCUGGUACGAGUGCUGCUAUUCCUAAUCGUACUGGUACAGCUAUGGACACCGACUCUAUUCCCCCGGCUACUAGCACAACCGCUCAUUUGCCACCAGCUUCCCCGAUUCAGAACCCGAAGAAGUCGAAAGAUGUGCAUGAUCCACAGUCCGGACCCAGCACAGCACCAGUACGCGGCGCCACCCAAGCACCCCCCCUUGUUCCCCCAACCUCGAUCCAGGUACCUCAACGUGCCGUCAACGCCGUCCGUACCGCCCAAGGCUCGAUGGUGCCUAGACCGCUCAUCUUGACCCCACAGUCCUGGCAUGACGCCGCCAUUGCGAACGCAGCCAUGGUGCUGUUCGGAGGCACCAACGGCACCUACUUGCUGUAUCAGGAACCCGGCGACUUCACCUUCUCCUUGAUGGGCGCGAUCGUGGAGAGUUGGAACAACCAGCACGGCCACCGUAACGGCAUGCCGCUCGACUACGUCGACUUCCUUGGCGUGUGGGAGAAUAACGAGCUUGGCAAUGGGUUUGCUAAGGACCCGAGAAACUUGCCGCCUGGAUGGAGCACCACCGGUCCCGACGGUGGUCAGCUGAGACGAUUCGGUGGCAUGCUCGAAGAUGCUCUUAUGUUCCUGCUCAGAUGGAGAUGGCCGCGUUCCAUGAAUCGGCCGAGAAUUGUGUAUGUGAGCAACAACGGGUUUUCGGCAAACUACUUUGAUACGAAACCUCCUAAGAACGAGGAUGGGGUGACUGAUGCCCUCGUGUUCGUGGUGUGCGACUCAGUUGCCGAUGACGCGCUGUGGUAUGCUGCGAGUGCGAGGGAGCGGAAUGUUGAGCACUCGGGGGAGCAGGGACGACCUCCUCGUUAUAUUGGGAGUGACGAUAACCCACCUAGUUCUGGUCCUGAUCUGGGAUCUUCUGGUGGUGCAGGUAGUGGCGGUGGUCCUUCGGAUACUGCUGCUGGGAAGAAGCCCGAAAUUGGUGAUCCUUAUUCGCACACUCAUGGGCAGGGCGCAAGUGCUCAGGGCCCUGGUCAGUCAUAUCAGGCGAGCGACUCAUUCUCCAACGUCUAUGAUGCUCAGGACUCUAUGCCUAUGGACACCAACGACCUCAUCCACGACGGUAUUGCCACCAACCAGCCAGCACCAGCCCCAGCGCCGACCGGCACUACCCCUCGAGGCACCUACUACAACAACCUGACCGGCAGAACCGAGCCCAUCCCUGAAGGCUUCCACAUCGACAACGCAUGGGGGCACCUCACUGCCGACGGAUCCUACUGGGACGGUCUCGCGGAAUGCGAAGUUCCGAAUGGGUACUACUAUGACAGAUCUGUCGGCUUGGCUAUUCCUGUGCCGGUCGGGUUCUACUUGGAUCAAUCUGGGGAGCUGCAUAGGAACGAGUUCCUGCCUGACUCGGAGCUGCCCGCUCCAGCGAACCCCAUUGAUGUUGGCUAUGGGCCUGCAGUGCUGAUCCGUCCACCUCCACCUCAACUCAGAGCUACAGCGCCGCCGAUUACUGAAGCUCAGCGCAAGCGCGAGGCCACCAGAGUCGCCGCAGAGCAUGAUCCCCUGGUCACUGGUUCGAUGUAUCAGGAUGAGGGUGGCGAAGGCCAGAUGGAGCGAGCCGAUGCAGCGACGAUGGCGAGAAGAAAUAUCAAGAUUCCGAAGGGCAAGUCUAAGGUAGCGCGGGCGGCGGCUGCAGCUGAUGCGGACACGCAGCGGAAGUUGAUGGAGGAGACGAAGCAGGCGGGGCUUCCUCCGGAGUAUGAGAGUGAUGAGGAGAGUGAGGAGGAAUGA